CUCACUCUUGCUUUUAAAAGCUGCUUCAAAUUCUCAGGCUUCAUUGUCAUGGAAGGAGCUCAUAGGUAGAUGUCUUAUCUCUUUUACUCUUUUUGUUUUGUGAAAAGUGCCUCCUAUGAACCUGGCUUAUCAUCCCUAUUCCACUCCUAUUCUUGCCCUGUAUUCAUUGGGCAGCAGCCUUUUUUUUUUUUGGUAGUAUCUAUGAAGCUCCAAACUGUUAUAACAAAUAGGAAUUUUAUAUCAGAUAGAAUAGGUAAUGGAAUACCAGGAGGACCUCUGAUGGUGGUCAGGCACCAGAUGUACAGAAUUUUAGAUGCACAGGCUAGAAUAGACCUAUCCAGUUCUGGAGUGAUCUAAAUUGAGGCCAUUACGAUAGUGGGCCAAAUCAAGCCAGGGGCCUAUUUUUAUAAAUAAAGUUUUAGUAGAACCAUCCAUGCCCAUUCAUUUACAUAUUAUCUAUGGCUACCUUCUAGCUAAGAUGGCAGAAUUGAGUAGCUGAAACAGAGACCCAAAAGCCUAAACUAUUUAUGGAAUUUUACAGAAGAAAUUUGCUAACAGUUAUCUAGAUCAGCAUUCCCCAAAGCAGUUCUACAGAGCACUAUUGUCCAGGAGAAAAUAACUUUGCUUUUGGGAAAGGGUUAUAUAGUCAUUUUAGACCAGAAAAUGCUGGAUUAAACCAAGUUAAACAGCCUUUUUUUUUUCUUUUUUUUACUAUAGGUCAUUUCAGAUCCUUUCACAUGCUACAUGCGUUGAGAAACUCUAAAAGGAGAUAGAGGGUGUAUUCCCUUUAACUUAUUUGACCACUGGACUUCUUUUCCACAGCUUUCUUACUAAUACCUUGCAAAAUCGUGUUCAAAGGAACACUUAUUUGAGAAAUGCUAACUUAGACAUUCACUUGACAGAAGUUUGAACUUGAUAACUGACUCCUUGGAUUAUUUUUCUAGUUGCAUAAAGUGAAAAACUAUGUAAUAUAGUAUUUAAGCAUAUGGGACUAUGGCUUUAGACAAACCUUAAUCUUAAGUAAGUCUCUAUCACUUACUAGCUGUUGAACUUUGGACAAAUUAUCUAAUGCGAUAAGCAGGACUGACUACAUAAUUGAUGGGCUAUGCUACAAAAUGGAAACACAGGACCCCUUGUUCAAAAAAUAUUAAAUCCAAGAUAGCGACAGCAGAGCAUUAUACCAAUGGGCCCUUCUGAGCACAAGACCUGUGUGCAGAUUGUAUAUGCAUGAACUUAUAACCCUGGUAACAAAUUUCAGUUUCCUCAACUAUAUAAUGUGGAUAAUACCUACUUCAUGGGAUUAUUGCAAGAAUUCAAUCAGAAAUAUGUAUAAAGAGCCUAGUAAAAUAUCUGGCACAGAAUAGGCAAUAAUAAAUGACUUGUUUUUAAUUCAAAAGUAUUUAUAGCCAUAUUCAAUAACCUAUUUGUUGAGUGUCUACUAUGUGCCAGGCACCACACUAGGUACUUAGGAUAUUAUGGUGAAGAAUACAAAUAAGGUCCCUGUCUUCAUGUAGAUUAUUGUUUAGUGGGAAAGACAGAUAAAAAAUAAACAACUGUUAAUUAUGAUAAGAGCUAUAAAGUGAAAACAAGGUGCUGGGAAAGGAAAUAAUAGAGAGGAUCUGCUUUAAAUUGGGUGGUCAAGCAAGUCCUCUUCUAGGAAGUAAUGUUUAAGUUGAGAUCUGAAGGAAAAAAAAAAAAAAAAAAAGCUCUCCAUGGAAAUAGCAGAAAGGGUGUUCCAGGCAGAGAGAAAAGCUACUGGAAAGGCCCUGAAGUGGGAAAGAACAUGGCAUUUGUGAGAAACUAAAAGUAAGCUAGUGUGUCUUUAGGGACUGAGAAGGUGAGUGAUUUGUGGCACACCUUGUAGGGUAAGGUUUUGGAUUUUAUACGAAGUGCAAUGAAAAGCUUUUGAAAGGUUUCAGGUAUGGUAGUCACAUGAUGUAAUUGAUAUUUUUAGAAGAUCAUGUUGGCUGCUGUGUGGAGAGGAGCCAUAGAUAAGCUAGAGUAAAUGAAUAGUAGGAGUCUAUUUCUUUCUCCAGGAAACAGUUAGUAGUACCUUGUAUUUGGUUGGUAUUUGAGAAUGUAGUGAUAAAUAAGUGUAUUGAAGGCUUAUGAUAGGCCUUGUUAAUUGAUUGAAUGUGGAGGAUUCAAGGGGAAAAAAGAAAUAAAGAAUGGCUCCUAAUAUUUUUCUGGGCAACUGGGUGACAUCAUUUAAUUGAGAUGACAUGUCUGCGGAGGGUUUUUUUUGGGGGGGGGAGGGCACCCACACAGAAAUCCAGAGCUCAGGUUUAGACAUGUAAAAUAAGAUGUCCAAGUGGAGAUGGUGAUAUUAGUUAUAGCUGUUGUUUUGUAUUGUUGUCUAGGAUUCCGUGAUUACUAACUCUUGGUGUCACCUCAUUAGAUUCCCGGGAAAUAUUUAGAAAACAUCUGAAAGAAAAAUACCUAAACAUAGGAGUCCAUAAAUGUUAUCAUCAUGGCAAUCAUAUAGAGUCACGGCUGCUUCUUGUAAAAGAACAUGGUAUAUCAGAAAAGACACCAUGUGGGAUUCCUCAACAAGAUAAUUUUAUUGAUAUGGGACAUGUAUUUGAUCCUGACCAAGAGGGCUGCAGCUCAUCCCAAACUGUGGUGCUUCAGGGAUGUGCUGGGAUUGGGAAAACAGCUGUGGUGCACAAGUUCAUGUUUGACUGGGCAGCAGGAAUGGUUACUCCAGGAAGGUUUGACUAUCUCAUCUAUAUAAACUGCAGAGAAAUAAGCCAUAUUGCUAACCUUAGUGCUGCUGACCUAAUCACUAACACUUUUCAAGAUAUAGAUGGACCAAUCCUGGACGUUAUUCUUGUGUAUCCAGAGAAGCUUCUUUUCAUACUUGAUGGAUUUCCUGAGCUCCAGCAUCCUGUAGGUAACCUGGAAGAGGAUCUUAGUGCUAACCCCCAGGAGCAGAAACCAGUCAGUAGAGACCCUCUUACGUAGUUUUGUGAGGAAAAAACUGUUCCCUGAAUCCUCCCUGCUGAUAACUGCCCGGCCUGCAACCAUGAAGAAGCUCCACUCUCUGUUAAAACAAUCUAUCCAGGCCAAGAUCAUUUGGUUUACAAAUGCUGAAAAGAGAGCAUAUUUCUUGAGUCAGUUUUCAGGUGCUAAUGCAGCAAUGAGAGUCUUUUAUGAGCUGCAACAAAAUCAAAGCCUUGACAUUAUGUCCUCUCUUCCCAUCAUCUCCUGGAUGAUCUGUAGUGUCCUGCAGUCACAGGAAGAUGGUGACAGGAGUCUUAUGAGGUCACUUCAGACCAUGACUGAUGUGUAUCUGUUUUACUUUUCCAAGUGCCUCAAAACCCUUACAGGUAUCUCAGUGUGGAAGGGACAAAGUUGUCUGUGGGGCCUUUGCUCUUUGGCUGCAGAGGGACUACAGAACCAACAGGUCCUAUUUGAAGUCCGUGACCUCAGGAGACAUGGGAUAGGGGUAUAUGAUAUCAAUUGCACUUUUCUAAAUCACUUUUUGAAAAAAUCUGAAGGAAGUGUCAAUGUCUACACUUUCCUUCACUUCAGUUUCCAAGAGUUCUUGACUGCUGUGUUCUAUGCCCUAAAGAAUGACGGCAACUGGAUGUUUUUUGAUCAAGUGGGGAAAAUGUGGCAAGAAAUAUUCCAACAAUAUGGGAAAGGGUUUUCAUCAUUAACGAUACAGUUCUUGUUUGGCCUCUUAUGUAAAGGAAAGGGAAAAGCUGUGGAAACUACUUUUGGAAGAAAAGUCUCCCCAGGACUUAGAGAGGAAUUAUUGAAGUGGACUGAGAAAGAAAUAAAGGAUAAAUAUUCUAUGUUACAGAUUGAGCCAAUGGACUUAUUUCAUUGUUUGUAUGAGAUUCAGGAAGAAGAAUAUGCAGAAAAGAUAAUUGGUGAUUUACAAUCAAUUAUAUUGCUUCAACCUACCUACACAAAAAUGGACAUUCUGGCUAUGUCAUUCUGUGUAAAAAGCAGUCACAGUCAUCUGUCAGUGUCUCUGAAGUGUCAGCACCUAAUUGGAUUUGAGGAGGAAGAGCAAGCCUCUGCAUUGACACCAGUCUUUACACUUAAUCAGUCCUUCAAGCUACACAAUUUGCCAGUGUCUCGGCUACACUUGCUCUGCCAAGCACUACGUAAUCCAUGCUGUAAAAUCAAAGACCUGAAGUUGUACCGAUGCCUUAUAUCUCCUGCUUCUUGUGGGGCACUAGCAGCUGUUCUCAGCACCAGUCAGUGGCUCACUGAUCUGGAAUUUAGGGAAACAAAAUUGGAAGCUUCAGCUCUGAAAUUGCUCUGUGAAGGCUUAAAAGAUCCAAAUUGCAAAUUACAGAAGCUCAAGUUGUGUGCUAGCUUUCUCCCUGAAAGCUCAGAGGUUGUUUGCAACUAUCUUGCCUCUGUUCUCAUUUGCAAUUCAAACCUCACUGAGCUUGACCUGAGUGAAAAUCCCCUGGGGGAUACAGGGGUGAAGUAUCUUUGUGAAGGUCUCAGACAUUCCAACUGUAAAGUGGAGAAACUAGACUUGAGCACAUGUUACCUAACAGAUGCUAGCUGUAUGGAGCUCUCUUCUUUCUUGCAAGUGAGUCAGACUCUAAAAGAGUUGUUUGUGUUCGCCAAUACCCUAGGGGACAUAGGAGUACAGCAUCUCUGUGAAGGUCUGCAGCAUGCACAGGGUAUAAUCGAGAGUCUUGGGCUUUCCCAGUGUUCCCUUUCUGCGGCUUGUUGUGAGUCCCUCGCCCAAGUCCUGAGCUCCACCCGGAGCCUGACAAGGCUGCUUCUAAUUAAUAACAAAAUUGAAGAUUUGGGACUGAAAUGGCUGUGCAAAGGAUUAAAACAGCCUGACUGUCAGUUAAAGGAUCUGGCACUGUGGACCUGCCACCUGACUGGAGAGUGUUGUCAGGAUUUGUGCAAUGCACUCUACACCAAUGAGUACCUGAGAGACCUUGACCUCAGUGAUAAUGCCUUAGGGGAUGAGGGUAUGCAGGUGCUGUGCGAAGGGCUGAAACACCCCUCCUGUAAACUACAGACCUUGUGGUUAGCAGAAUGUCAUCUCACAGAUGCGUGCUGUGGAGCCCUUGCCUCUGUCCUCAACAGAAAUGAGAACCUGACACUGCUAGACCUAAGUGGAAAUGACCUCAAGGAUUUUGGAGUGCAAAUGCUGUGUGAUGCACUGAUUCAGCCAAUAUGUAAACUACAGACAUUCUACAUUGACUCGGAUCAUUUACAUGAAGAAACGUUCAGAAAGAUGGAAGCUUUAAAAAUGAGCAAGCCUGGAAUCACCUGGUAGUUUCCAAGGAAAGCCCCUGAAUCAGCUGCAUAUAGACUCCCUCGAUCUGCCCCCAUCUUUAACAGUUGUGCAAUAUUCUUGUUCUAAACCUGUUAACCAUUGCCAAGGACCCUAGUGUGAAACAAACAGCAGUGAUUUCUAUUUCUUACAUAGAAUCAUCCACUAAGUAGGAUGUGAAAGGCAGAGGCACUUUAGUUCAAAUGUCUUCAGCAAUAAUACCUUACAUUUAUAUGUUGUGUUAUAAUGUUUACUAUGUUCUCACAGAAACCCUCAAAAGUGGGAAGAUGAGGCUCAGAGAGGCUGUGACUAGCUCUAGGUCACACAGCUCAUUAGUGAGAGAAUUGGGACUGGAAUCUAGCCAGGUUUUACAAUACCCAGACCAGACAGAGAAACAAUAGAAAAAGAAUGUGAAGGAGUCAACUUAAAGAAACAAGAUACUUGAAAUGAUUAAAGGGCAAGAGAGUAUACAAACAUAUAUCUUAUGGUGCUGAUUUUAAGUAAAACUAAUUCACAAAGGAAAGAGUGGAAUGAGUUCCAUUAAUAGGGAAAGGCUUCAUGGAGAUGCAACUUGAUGUGGGCCUUGAGAAUGAGCAGGAUUGAGAUGGGGGGAGAUACAUAGGCCAGUGGCUGUAAGACUGCAGGCAACAGGGCUGUGUUUGUGAGCCGCUCGCCAAAAGCGCCUACGGAGAGAAAAAUGUUUGCAUUAGAGUUUCCUGAGCUGUGGCAGUAUCUACAUUCUAGCUGAGGGUGUUCUCUAGUUUCCAGGCUCAACUCCUUUUCUGAACUUCUAAUACCCCAUGUGUUUGUUCUUAUUCAUGGACUCCUAUGGCUGACUCACUCCUCAUCCGUGACAACAAAUUGCAUGGCCUAGCAUGGAUCCUACACAACCCCAUGUUUCUCUCUGCCUAGCUUCUACAAAACACCAGAUGAGACAAGUGGAGGAAGGGAAUGCCAGGCAAAGAAAAUAGCACAAAGUCCAUGAUAUAGGAGUUAAUGUUGUAUGGGAUGGGCAGAAAAGUAGGCUGACCUAAUUAAGAUACACAGGUGUCUCUGGAAGCUACUUGACUAGCUGUGUGACCCUGAACAAGUCAACUUGGAUUGUAACAGUUUCUAUUUUCUCAUCUGUAAAAUGGGGAUAACUUCACAUUAACCUUAUAUGGCUGUUGUUCCUGAUAUGGUGCUGACCCACAGUAGGUACUAUAAUGGUAGCUAUUUGUAUGAGUGUGUAAAUGUGAUACAGCUCAGCUGUGUAGUCUUUGAGCUCCCAGAUUUUCCUGCUGUGUAGUCAGUGUUAACUGUGCAUUUGCACUAAAUGUGUGUGCUGGAGACAGUAUAUCUAGUGGGGGAAGAGACACAUAGUGGGAAGUUACUGCCCGCUAGAGGUCUAGCUGCUCCAUGUCCUCGUCCAUCAUCAUAUGUUGUUCCUUGCUGCCCUGGGAGAUGGUAACUUUCGGUCCGGAGACUACAUCUGGCCUGAGAUGGUCAAAACAGCACUUUGUUUCCAGUUUUCUUAAGUUCUUUCCUUUUAGUUAUUUAAAACUUAUUUAUUGACAAUUAUUAUGUGCCAGGUUUUGUGCUAAGUAUUGGCUUUACAGAGAUGAAUAUGCCUUUUCCUGUGCACAUCCCCCUCCAUCUUCUCUGACUGCCCUGGUCCCUCUGUCAGUCUGGUAAAAAUCUGAUAAAACUCAGUCACAGUAAGAACUCAGAAAUAUAAUGUUGAAUGAAAGAUUGCAGAACUCUGUGUGUGGGUCUUUGUGUGUGUGUCCCAUUUGUGUAUAAAAGGAUAAAUACACAUGUAUAUGUGUGUGUCCAGAAUAUGUGUGGAAGAAUAUAUACAGGAAAUUGCCAAUAGGAGUUAUCUCUGUUAAGAGGAAUUUGGCAAAAAGGGGCCAUUUUUAUCUAUAGCCCUUUGUUCUACUUGAUGUUUUUACCAUGUGCAUGUAUUAAUUUUAUAAUUAAUAAGCUUGAUGUUAAAAAUAAAACUCAUUUAUACUGAGGA